CCCCCCCCCCCAGUCCCCUGGUAAGCUCCAAAAAGGCUCAGGGUGGUUGCCACAGAUGCAGAAUCCAAAGGCAGCGCAAACAUCAGCGUCCGAUUUUGCUAUGCCUCUGAGCUGCAAGAUAAUCAGACAGCUCAAUGGAGUCUGAGCAGCUGUUCCAUAGAGGCUACUAUAGAAACAGCUACAACAGCAUCACAAGUGCGAGUAGUGAUGAGGAGCUGUUAGAUGGAGCUGGUGUUAUUAUGGACUUUCAGACUUCUGAGGAUGACAAUUUGUUAGAUGGUGACACAGUUGUUGGAACACAUUACACAAUGACAAAUGGAGGCAGCAUUAAUAGUUCUACACACUUACUGGAUCUUUUAGAUGAGCCAAUUCCAGGAGUUGGUACCUAUGAUGAUUUUCAUACUAUCGACUGGGUGAGAGAGAAAUGUAAAGACAGAGAAAGGCAUAGACGGAUCAACAGCAAAAAGAAAGAAUCAGCAUGGGAAAUGACAAAAAGUUUAUAUGAUGCAUGGUCAGGAUGGCUGGUAGUAACACUAACAGGAUUGGCAUCAGGGGCAUUGGCUGGAUUAAUAGACAUUGCUGCCGAUUGGAUGACUGACCUAAAGGAGGGCAUCUGCCUUAGUGCGUUGUGGUACAACCAUGAACAGUGUUGUUGGGGAUCAAAUGAAACAACGUUUGAAGAGAGGGAUAAGUGUCCACAGUGGAAAACAUGGGCAGAAUUGAUUAUAGGUCAAGCAGAGGGCCCUGGCUCUUACAUCAUGAACUACAUAAUGUAUAUCUUCUGGGCCUUGAGUUUUGCCUUUCUUGCCGUUUCUCUAGUAAAGGUGUUUGCUCCAUAUGCCUGUGGCUCAGGAAUUCCAGAGAUUAAAACUAUAUUAAGUGGCUUCAUCAUCAGAGGUUACUUGGGGAAAUGGACUCUAAUGAUUAAAACCAUCACAUUAGUACUGGCUGUGGCAUCAGGCUUGAGUUUAGGAAAAGAAGGUCCUCUGGUACAUGUUGCCUGUUGCUGUGGAAAUAUCUUUUCCUACCUCUUUCCAAAGUAUAGCACAAAUGAAGCUAAGAAAAGGGAGGUGCUAUCAGCUGCCUCAGCUGCAGGCGUUUCUGUAGCUUUUGGUGCACCAAUUGGAGGAGUUCUUUUUAGUCUGGAGGAGGUUAGCUAUUAUUUUCCUCUCAAAACUUUAUGGAGGUCAUUUUUUGCUGCUCUAGUGGCUGCCUUUGUUUUGAGAUCCAUCAAUCCGUUUGGUAACAGCCGUCUGGUCCUUUUUUAUGUGGAGUAUCAUACUCCAUGGUACCUCUUUGAACUGUUUCCUUUUAUUCUUCUCGGGGUAUUUGGAGGGCUCUGGGGAGCAUUUUUUAUUAGAGCAAAUAUUGCCUGGUGUCGUCGGCGCAAAUCCACCAAGUUUGGGAAGUAUCCAGUUCUUGAAGUCAUUAUUGUUGCAGCUAUUACUGCUGUGAUAGCUUUUCCUAAUCCAUACACACGGCUCAACACCAGUGAACUGAUUAAAGAGCUUUUCACAGAUUGUGGCCCCCUGGAAUCCUCUUCUCUCUGUGACUACAGAAAUGACAUGAAUGCCAGUAAAAUUGUUGAUGAUAUUCCUGAUCGUCCAGCAGGCGUUGGUGUCUAUUCCGCUAUAUGGCAGUUAUGCUUAGCGCUCAUAUUUAAAAUCAUAAUGACAGUAUUCACUUUUGGUAUCAAGGUUCCUUCUGGCUUGUUCAUCCCCAGCAUGGCCAUUGGCGCCAUUGCAGGCCGGAUUGUGGGCAUCGCUGUGGAGCAGUUGGCCUACUACCACCACGACUGGUUUAUCUUCAAGGAGUGGUGUGAGGUGGGGGCUGAUUGCAUUACCCCCGGCCUUUAUGCCAUGGUUGGUGCCGCUGCGUGCUUAGGUGGUGUGACAAGAAUGACUGUUUCUCUGGUGGUCAUUGUUUUUGAACUUACUGGAGGCUUAGAAUAUAUUGUUCCCCUUAUGGCUGCAGUAAUGACCAGUAAAUGGGUUGGAGAUGCCUUUGGUAGGGAAGGCAUUUAUGAAGCACACAUCCGGUUAAAUGGAUACCCGUUCUUGGACGCAAAAGAAGAAUUUACGCAUACUACCCUGGCUGCUGAUGUCAUGAGACCUCGAAGGAAUGAACCUCCCUUAGCUGUUCUGACCCAGGAUAAUAUGACAGUGGAUGAUAUUGAAAACAUGAUUAAUGAAACCAGCUAUAAUGGCUUUCCUGUUAUAAUGUCAAAAGAAUCUCAAAGAUUAGUGGGAUUUGCCCUCAGGAGAGAUCUGACGAUUGCAAUAGAAAGCGCCAGAAAGAAACAAGAAGGUAUUGUGGGCAGUUCUCGUGUGUGUUUUGCACAGCAUACCCCAUCUCUUCCGGCAGAAAGUCCCCGACCCCUGAAGCUUCGAAGUAUUCUUGACAUGAGCCCUUUCACAGUGACAGAUCACACCCCUAUGGAGAUUGUGGUGGAUAUUUUCCGAAAACUGGGGCUGAGGCAGUGCCUUGUAACUCAUAAUGGGAUUGUCUUGGGGAUCAUCACAAAGAAGAACAUAUUAGAACAUCUCGAGCAACUAAAGCAGCACGUCGAACCCUUGACGCCUCCUUGGCAUUAUAACAAAAAAAGAUAUCCUCCGUCAUAUGGCCCAGACGGCAAACCAAGACCCCGCUUCAAUAAUGUUCAACUGAACCCCAUAGAUGAGGAAAGAGAAGAGACAGAAGAGGAAGUUCAUUUGUUGAAUAACACAACUCCUUAACCUAACGGAGUCGUCUACUUUUUAUUUUUCUCCUUACCAAAAAAAAAAAAAAAAAGGAAAUAUAAAAGCCGGGCUUUUGCAACAUGGUUUGCAAAUAAUGCUGGUGGAAUGGAGGAAUUGUUUUGGGGAGGGGAAAGGCGAGAGAAAGAAAUGAGUGCGGGAUUUCCCUGCCUCACUGUGUGAGCAGCAAGUCACCAACAGAUGUUCUGCACUGGAUGCAUUCAGCUGAGGACAUUCUUAAAAUGCAGGCCGAGCCUCGACGACAGGACACCAGCACCCCGAGCACCCAGCCUGCCUCCAGCGUUGCAAAGACACAUUUUCAGUCCCUAUUUCUGGAGGGAUUACUUUGAAUUGAGCCAUCUCUAAGACUGCAAGGUCUUGCCCCCAAACCCCCCUUUUUUAAAUCAGUUUGAUUCAUAAUUGUAGAGUUAAGCAUUAACCUUUCUACAUUCCACAAGAGCUUCCCUCUCCCCUCUGCUCUCGCUGUGCCCAGCCUCUUUAAAUUGGUGUUCCCUUUUGAAGCAGUCCUUUCUCAUAUUGAGAUGUUCUGUGACUUGAUGGAGGUUUCAUCACAAGAAGGGAGUGUUUCUUGUGCCGUUACUCUGAACCCUAUAGUUUAUUCCAUCACAGAAUGCCAAGUGCAUUCGUUACACGCGGCGACACCAGGCUGCUCUCGAACAGGUAAUGCUCCAAAUGAUGUGUGAGCGAAACCUCUCAGCUGCUGUGCUGUAUGGUUCCAAGUCAGCCACCAUGAAACUUGAUUUCUAAGGUUAAACAGUUUUCUUUCUGUUGGCUUUUUCCUCAGACUUUAUGGCUAAGACCUAAGACAUGGACAUUUUCUAGUUGGGAACUCACAGUGAUAUACAAAAGCUAUUCGGCAUAAGCAACUAAUGUUGCUGCUUUGACAGAGAGAGAAAGAAGUAUUCUGUUUAGCUGUGUCUGGUAUUAAUCGCAUGUUUAAACACUGGAAUAUUUUUUUCCUUGAAAUUAGGUCAGUCGUUAUUUGUUUUACCCUUUCCUCAAGAUAUUUCACUGCUGACACUGAAGAAAUGUAAUUCAUAACUUGCACUAAAUGUAUAUUUCGUUUCUUAAAAAUUUACCAUUCUUAUUUAUAUUUUUAUGGAUUAAAAUUUAUAAAAUACAGAUCAGUUAAUAUCGCACUAAAUAAUUUUACCUUUUUAAUGUGAUUUUUAUAGACUAAUUCAGACGUAAAUAUGGAGAUAGGAACAAAGUUUACAAUGGGAGCUAGGGUUCAAGGAGAGAUUGUGGAUAUUUCUCUAAUCCAGUGUGUACAUAAACCUUUGAUCUUUCACUGCCAUCCCCUGGAUCAUGUCUUCUGACUCGUCCAUUUUGACCCAUUAACUGGAAAGCUGACACUAAACCAUUUUGCAGAUUAAAACCAAAAGUUGUUAAACAUUGAAAAAGAAUCAAAAAAUGAAAACAAUAAAAUUGCAUAGGCAUUAUACAAUUUUAAUCUUGCACAUACCCUUUGAAUCUUUGGGCAGGCCAUGUUCACAGUACUUGAUGAUAUUUUGAAUUACAGUGUACAUUUUUUUUUUUUUUUUUGCAGGAUGAUUUGAAAUGUACUAGGAUUUGUUUGGAAUUUUUGUUUUGGGAAAUAUCUCAUGAUUUUAAUUCAUUGUCAGCAAAGGCCUUUUUUUUCUCAAAGAAUUGACCAAAAUAUUCUGUGAUUAUGCAUUUUUGGUAGGAAAAUGAAUUCUGCAGACUUUUUUUUUUUUUUUUGUGGAAACAACUGACAGCUAUUUUUACAUUUUAGAAGUGAUUCUUUUCUUCCUAGUUAUUAAUGACAUGUUUGUAAAAUUGAAAGAUCACAUAAGAUCAAUCCAUAAGAUCUCAAUUUAUAAGACCAUGCAUGAAAGCCAUAUUAGAAUGACAACUGGAGGGGCCGGCGAGUGUUUUUAGGAAUCUCAUGAAACAUGUACUGUCUAAAAUUUGACUUCUUCCCUUUGCCUUUAACUUUUCUUAAUGACCCUCAAAGUUAAUUUGAUCCUUAGUGAAGUCAUUUCUAGAUGAUAAAUCUACAUUAGUGCCAAUGUAGCGUGCUAGAGCAUGACUCCUCACUAUUGGCUAUGGAAUUAGUUCAGUACUGGCCUUGUAUUAUAAGCCUUCAAAGGAGCAAUCAAAAAAGGAGUGUCUUGUUUUUGGUUUUGUGCCACACCCAGCAGCGCUUGGGUUAUCCCUGGCUCUGUGCUCAGAAAUCACUCCUGGCAGGUUAGGGCAUCCAUAUGGGAUACCGGGGAUAGAAUCUGGGUUGGCCGAAUACAAGGCAAACACCCUACCUAAUGUGCUAUUGCUCUAGCCCCAGCAAUCAGUUUCUUUAUAGACAUUAAACCUCUUGUAGAAUUUUUUUUUCCAUUUCCAUAUAUUUUUUUUAAUUUUAGGUCCUCCUUUCCUGGACAUUCCUGCCUAACAGGACUAGUAUUUUAGGGUGGAUAUUAUUUUCUGAAUCUGUUUCUAUCCUGCAUUUUACAGCUGAAAUACUGGGAAAGUGCCGUAUUUCCAAGGCAGUUCUCUUUCAUUUUACAACCUGUCCCACCUCCCCUUUUGAUACAUUGAAGUAUUUCUGCUUUUCAACCAAAUGAUGAAAAUAGUGGAGGUUAUAAAUAAAUGUGCCUAGCUAAUUGGCAAACUGAUCAGUAUCCUAAGUGGAGCGCCUUAUUGGAGUACCCUUUCUUGAGAAGGUAUGAUGAGAAUGGGCAUGAGUGUCAGCAUCUUUUAAUCAUUUUCUUUUAGAUUCAUGAAGAAUGCUUAGUUUGUUAUAAUCUGUGAUGUUGCCUAGAGCUGUAUUUAUCUUUUUAUUUAUACUAGUAGAGUAAAGCUGCAUUUUCAUUACGGUAAAAAUAAUUACUGUGAUGAGUUUAAUCAGAGAAUCUAUUAAAAUAUAUAUGACAAUGUG